AUGAUCAUUCCACCUCCUGCAUCACCAGCGGAAAGCAGUAUCUAUCGUUUGAAAAGAGGUACGAAGCUUUCUGACAUCCCUCCUAUACCACCUAAUCCACCCGUACCCGAUCUGUCGUCUUUGAAUGGUCCGUUCCAAUUAGCGGAAUACCUUUCGUUGAAAAUCAAACAUUGUCCCCAUGAUGUCAAAGGUCUGGUCGAGGUGCCGGUCGGAGAUAAAAGUCUAGGAGGAAAAGCUCCUGAUAAAGAUGUGUGGAUAUAUGAACAUCUUCGUCGAAUACCAAUCGAUUUGACCACGCUUAUCAAUCAUCUAUUACCAAUAUGUAAUCAAACCACUUGCCCAGAAAUGAAAGCUCAUGAAUGGCUGUACCUUUGUUCUGCUCAUGGUGGAGGAGCAGAAAGUUGUUCUGCGAUAGAUUAUAUCUUACAUACACUUGAUUCAACGACAGCUUUAUUGAAUUCAUCACAAAACUUUCCUUCUAGGAUGCAAAUACCACAAUCUUCAGUAUCACAUUUCCCCUCAUUGUUUCGACGUUUAUCGCGAAUCUUCUCACACGCAUAUUUCCAUCAUCGAGAAGCCUUUUCGCUGGCAGAAGGAGAAACUAGCUUGUAUGCUAGGUUCGUUGGGUUAUGUGAAAAAUAUGAAUUGGUUGGAAAUUCAUUAUUGCCUAUUCCCAGAGAUGUGAUUAAUGAAUUUACAAAUUCACAAACAGAUCAAGAUCAAGAGAUAGAACGAGAACAAGAUGGAAUCAAGGGAACGAACGAAGAUGAUGAAGAUGCUGAGGUGGAAGAGGAUGAAGAAGAAGAGGAUGAUGAUGAUGAUGAUGAUGAUGAGGAUGAGGAUGGUAAUGGGGAUAGAGAGAAAAAUGCGGAUAAAGAUGCAAGUGAUUCAAGAGGUAGAAAAGAAGAAAACGUUUCAAACGAAAAAAGAACGCAAUCUUUAGAUCGUUCAUUACCUCCUUCAAGUACGACGUCAACGUCCAGCUCCAGUUCCGGUUCAAUACCUCAACCUCCUGGAUUAAACAGGAAUGCAACCCUUAAACCUGAUUCGAGCGGUGCGAGUUCGAUAAAAGGUGGAAAUGGAACGAACAUAGGAAGAGGAACUUUGGGAAGAGGUAAACAACCUAGAGCUACGAUGCACUGGGGUGGAAGCGGCGAUGCACCCCCUCUUCCAUCACAUCUACCUGAAAAUACCUCAGAUUCAGUUUCAAAAGAAGAUACUUCGCCUCUUACCUCAUCUGGCUCUGGAUCAGAUAACGGACCAGUGAAAGGAAGAGAUAGAUCAGAAAGUAUAGAAAGUGCAAUACAUCUUCCAUCAGCCAUUGAACCUCCCGAAGAAUUAAAAGAGGAAAACAUAGUGGCUGCAAUCCCUGAUAUACUUGAACCUGAACAAAACCUCAAGAACGAAGGCGAAAGCGAAAGAGAAUCGAAAGAUUCAGGAGAUCCUGAAGAAGGAGAAGAAGGAGAAGAAGAGGAAGAACUUGUGGGCAAAGAUGAAAUUGAAUUGUUAGAAGAAAAAGGUGAAUUACCUAUUGAAUCUAAUGUUUCACCUUUAUCACCUUCGUCUUCCUUUUCUUCGACCAAUACCACGCCCCAGGAGCCUGCGGGACAUCAGGAAGGGGAAGACGAACCUGGAAACGGAGAUGAGAACGAUGAAUUAGAAGAAGUUAUUCUUGAUAAUAACAAACCUACUUCCGAUGUAAAAGAAGAAACGGGUCCUAUAAUACCAACGCCAACAAUCAUUCAAGCAGAAGACAAUAAGCCGAAUUCGACGCCUUCGAAAAUCAAGAAUAAGAAUAAAUCAUCACCGAUCCUCUCAGGUUCACCCGCUACGGCUGCACCAUCACCUGUAAGGGGUAAAGGUAAACUUGCUCCCGCGGAAGUAUCGAGUCCGGCCAAUAAAUCGCCUUUCAAGGACUCUCAACCAAACAAAGAAAAAGAGAAAGAGAAUGAGAAAGAGAAUGAGAAGGGAGAUGAGAAAAGCGGAGCCAAAGAUGAAAGUAAAUAA